AUGGCAACGGCGACGAAAACUCCACUGGACCAUUUUCGGGCUGCUGUGAGCAAAGUCAUCGCCAUGAAUCGAACCUCAACAAUGUUCACCUCUUUGGGUGCUGGGGCCGAACCUGGUGUGGACCCUCGUCACUACAAUGCGGAACUACGAUAUCGUGGCAUUCGACAACCUUGUGAAAUUCGUAUCGUGGACUAUUCGUCGGUGUCAAUGAAGUCGGGAAGUAUGUCAAACAUUCAACUCGUUGAUAUGUUGAAUGAUCCGCAAGUGAGCGAAAGACCGUCUUGGGCAAAAGUAAGGUGGAUAGAUGUCGGAGGAAUCAGUUGGGAUGUGUUGAAAGCGCUCGCAAUGAAGUACAAAAUACACCCUCUCGCUCUUGAGAACAUAUUGCACACGCACACUAAACCCACUGCGAGCAAAUCUGAUUAUUAUCAUGAGCAUCUAUUCCUGCGAAUACUUUGUCUUGAACUGCGUGAUGAGAAUAGUGUCAUUCGACUUUCCGAAACGCAAUGGGAGUGGGACGCUACGAUGGAUAUUGAAGAUUUACAGCCAGACUCUCAGGAUCGUCCUUUCAACCGGGAAGCAGGUUCGUUCUCUGAUACGACGCCAGGCCUGGAUGCGGCUGCAACGGUGCAGGUUGAAGCUUUAAUGCAGAGAGGCCGCGUUGAGGUCAAUGUAUUCCCCAUAUUCAUCCUGUUAUUCAAAAAUGGCACUGUCAUCACACUGCACCGCACGACCAACGCGAAGCUUACAGAGCCCAUCCGCGAUCGACUUUCUCGACCUGAUACUCUUUUGCGCUCUACAUGCGACGCCUCAGUUUUGGUUCAAAGCUUACUUGAUCUUGCCGUUGACAAGGCCAUGGGAAUCACAGAGGCCUGCGAAUACAAGCUGAAAAAAUAUGAGAAGCAGCUACUGCUCAAACCAGAGGUAAACACAGUCAGCAAUUUACACAUUUUGACUGGCGAUAUCAAUCUUCACCAACGUGCCCUCGUGCCUCUCAAACGGGUGAUAUAUGGUUUACGAAGAUAUGACCUCGAUCGAUGUAUUGCCUUGCUAAAUUUACCGCCAGGGGAGGAGGUAGAUGUCAAAAUGGAGGGGUACAUGAGCCGUACUGCGCUCACUUACCUUGCAGAUGUAUAUGAUCAUAUAGACUAUAUCCUCCGGAGUUUGGAUGUUGUUGAAAAUCUCGGUGAAAACUUGAUUGGAUAUUCAUUCAAUUUGACUUCCCAUGAGAUGAAUGUUAUAAUGAAACGGCUGACUCUCAUCACUGUUAUAUGUUUACCUCUGACUUUUUUGACUGGUUAUGGAGCAAGCCCGCCAAUGUGGUGGACUAUGGCCCCCACACAUUCUGAUAUCUGGUUCUGGAUUGUUGCACUCCCUGUAAUGGCAGUGGUCGUGCCUUUCUUUUUAUUUUCAGAGUUGAAGAACCUUUAUCACGUUGACAAGAACAGGAAAUUGUCGCAAAAGGCAUUGAGGGUUAGUUAUUUCUGA